CCCGAGAUAUCUCAGGUGUAUGUGUUAUCUAGCUAGAAAUGCUAAGUCAUUCAUUGUCCUACUCAUACAGCAUUAUCUUUUUGAUGGUAGGUCGUGAGCAGAGGAGGAAGAAGAUGACGCUCAUAUCUACCACGUAGACUUUUAAUAGUGACCUGUUCAGGUGGAGGAUAGAUGAUGAUGAUGAUGAUAUUCCGUGAUUGUUGAACUCCACAUCGCCCAAGAGUGGAAACAUGGCGACAGCGAUGCCCUCAGCGUAUCCGAAGAUGGCCAAUCGCUCGGAUGUGUCUGGUUCAGGAGCAACGCAAGACUUCACGGCUGCGGAAAAGCGAUUCGACAGCAGCGUUAAGAAUACGCUCAGGUUGCAGUACAAGGUCAACGUCGUCGAAGAUAAGCAAUUCUUGCGAGAAGUGCCAAUGCGAGAAACUUUUAACCUCAGCUCGCAGCCGUCCGACACGGAAAGUUUGAUUGCGCGGCUCAUGGCCAAACGGGACAGGAUGAAGCUAGGGAUUUCAUCAGGAGACGACGACCAGCUUUCUCGGCCUGCAGAUCAUGGGUCUGGUGUGGCCUCCUCUGGCGGGUUGCUGCCGAUAGUCAGUGUGCCGCGAAGUUCUGAUUCUUCCCAUCCUCCUGGGCCAUCCGCGUCCUCGCCAAGCGACGGCGGCUCGCAAAAAAACAGUGACUUGAACGCGAAACAGCUCGAGGCUGCGUUGGCGGACCCGGGAAAACCAUUGCUGGUGAAAGCGGGAGCAGGAACGGGAAAAACGACGUUGGUCACGAGGCGUUUACGAUACCUGAUCGAAGAGAGGCUGAUUCCUCCCAGCCGCAUCUUAUGCGUUUCUUACACGAACACGGCGGCGGAUGAAAUGCGGGAGCGGACCACCAAGCUGAUUCCUAGCAUCAAGGGGCAGCUCAUGUUCUGCACCUUGCACAAGCUUGCCAAUCUGGUGGUGGCCGCCUUCUGGGAUCGUAUUCCAGCCAGAAGCCUCGGGGCUUUCAAAAGCUACAAAGAGGACGACCAGACAGAUGACCAGGAACAUGGCCCCGUCGCAUCACAGCCCGAGACUGUUGGCGACGCGGCGAUUCCUGAUUUAGAGCAGCCUUUCGCUGCUGGUGUUAAUAGCGGCGCGGCUGCUCCUACCCCGUCCUCCGCUCCUGCGCCAUCAACAACAACAUCUUCGUCAACAAACAGGAGACUGUACUCCAAGCGCCCAAGCAUAAUGGCAAACGAAAAGGCGCUAGAAGCAAUCGUCGAGGAGGGUAUGCUCGAGCAUGGCUUUGAGGUUGGGCGGACCGAGUUGAGUCGGUACCUCUUUCCGGUGGAAGCCAAAUCCGAGAAGUACAAAACUUGGUCAGAACUGCUUGACAUGGCAAAGGCAACGUAUCCCGACAUGUAUCAGAGUUGCAUUGACCGGGCCGGUGAGCUGGUGCGCAAAGAAAAGAAUCCGGUGCUGGUGCAGAAAAAGGACGCGGAGAGAUUCAACGAGUUUGUGCAAUCAAGGCACGAGCUUCGCGGCUGCGACGUCAUGACCAUGUUCGCCGGGCGAGCUGAGCAGAAGCGAGGACAAGGUAAAGCAAACGUAAACGAGCCAACUCCUGCUAAAGCGGCUCCCGCUGCAUCGACGGCAUCGUCCAAUCAGAAACAGGCCGCAUCAGCAGCGGGUGCGGGCAGCACCACCGGUAACGGAGACGCCAGCGGCAACAACACGACGCGAGGAGCAAAGAAAACCCUGAAGCGCGAGACGAGUGUUCUUUCCGUGAUCUCUGAUCUGAUGGGCAACGCGGAUACGCCGCGAGCGGGAGGAGAUGGAAACGCCGAGGACAGUAGGACCGGCACUACCGCAGGUGAGCGUCAGUCCUCCCAGGCAACGGGAAAGCGACGGAAAAUGAACACCGGGGCAGCUGCAGCUGGAGCUUCCCAAAGAGGUACAACAACGCCGGGCACGUCGACGAGAGGCAAAAAGCAACCGCCAGCGCCCGUGGACUUCAUCAACGGUAGGACCGCUUACGCCCUGAACGCGACCUCCGAGUGGCGGAGACGCUUUCGUGGCUGCUUGCUCUACGACAUGCGAAAGUUGCGGAAUCCUCAACUAGCUAGACACGAGGAAAAAAAGCAAAGGAAACCAACUGCGGAAGUGAAAUUCGGCAAGAACUUCAAUUUCCAACAGGUCACGUCCCAGCGACACUGGAUCAGCACGCAGAAGACGAAAGGGUAUUCCCCGAAAGACUUCGCGAAUGGCACGAGGGAGAGGUUUGCCUUCCAGUUCUAUCUUGAGCGAAUGCGGGAGCUGUGCGCCAUGGACUUCACGGACAUUCUGCUGAACGGACACUACUUGCUGGCAAACUUCGCGGACAUUCGGGAAGCGGUGGGGCGCCGGUUCUGCUACAAAAUUGUUGACGAGUACCAAGACACCAGCAUUGUGCAGCUCGAGAUUCUGGAACUGCUCUCCCAGGCGAAGGGUAACGCAGGGAAGAUCACGGCCGUCGGCGACAGCGACCAAUUGAUCAUGUCCUUCGCGGGCUCGCACCCAAACACCUUCAAUCGGUUCAAGGAUACUUUUGCCAGCACGAAAGAAGUUCAGCUCGAAGACAACUACCGCUCCACGCAGAGCAUCCUGGAGGUGGCGGCGGCGGUCUUAGACCGGGCGGACGUGCGUGUGUUGCGCUCGUGCGGAAAUCCUUUCGGGCUCGAGAAGUCGGUGGAAGGUAGUGUCAAGGAGCCCGUCAGUUUUUACCGGGUCGCCGACAUCGAUGCGGAAGCAAAGCACGUCGCCGAGUUGAUCAAGAAAACGAUGGAGGAAGCAAACUCGAAGAGUUCCUCCUCGUCGGGGGCGGACAACGGUCGUCCAGGACCUGUGCGAUACGCGGAUUUUGCCAUUCUGCUGCGGAACUUCAAGUUUGGCAGAAUUCAGGCCAGGAGCUACGACAAGUUUGAAGAUGUUUUUUCACAGAAGGACAUCGGCAUUCCGUACAAGAUUCUCGGCGGAAUUAGCUUUCUGGAGCACGCAGCAGCGCAGGACCUCUUUGCCUACCUCCAGCUCUUUGUCGACCCCGACAGCGAUGCUGCGUUCCAGCGAGUGAUGAACGAGCCACCGCGGGGCCUGGGUAACGUUUUCACCUCUCUACUAAAGGCGGAAAGAGAAGGCCGUGGUGGAUCCAUGUUUGAAGCGGCAGACCGGCUCUUGACGAACCCGGAAGAAGCGUUGAAGCCGUCCUAUCGCAGGGGCCUUACGGCCUUUAUGGAGCUCGUCAAGAAGGGAAGGCAACAGAUGGCGCAAAAGAACCUGCGCGGGGCCGCGGCGCACGAGUUGAUGGAGCUCGUGAUUGAAGAAACCAACUACCUUGAGGCGAGCAGCCAUGUGCAAAAAACUACGGGACGCGGAGGCGGUAAGAAGUCGAAGAAGGCCGCUGCAGAUGAAUCGGAAGGGGCCGAAGUGUCGUCUUCGUCGGGUGAGAGUUCCGCGGGGGAAGAAGACGCGUCGGAGAUGUCCGAUGCUGCGCGGGACGAUCUGGAUUUCGAUAGCUCGCCUGCAAUGUCAGAGCGCGGAGGCCCCAGCGCUGGCGCUGAUAGGACGACCGGAGCGUCCAGCCAGAAUCAACGCGCAGCUUGUUCUUCUCCUCCGGGCGGGCGCGCAGCAACAACUCCGCGAAAGAAAGUGACUUUCAAUAUCGGUUCAAGCAGAAAGGACCAACGAGGCAGCCCCAGCCAGCGGGCUGCUGGUGCUGGUGAAAAUCGAAGCCAGAACUUUGGGUCAUCGACAGGUCGUCGAAAGAAGGCAGAAAAAACUCCAAAGACCCACCCGGACGGCCGGCCUCUGAACGCUGAGGAAGAGCGUCUGCAGCGCAAGAAAGACGCAUUUGAGAGGCGGGUGAAAAAGAUUGUGCAGCACGCAAAGGAUUUCGGAUUGUUGCAGGAGCAGGGCCUUGUGCUUUUCGGUCAGGGGCCAGGUCUCGAGGAAAGAACCAAGCCGGUAGAAGAAAAUUACGCACGCGGCGAGGAAGCGAUUCGCGAGUAUCUCGGCGCAGCCCAGAUGGACGACAAAAAAGAUCCCAGUGCUAAGCAGAAGGACGAGAAUAAGGUCACGAUCAGCACAAUUCACCGAGCAAAGGGCCGGGAGUGGAAGUAUGUGUUCAUUCCGCACCUCAACGAGGGUUUCCUCCCGACGAUUUAUCGUGCGGACGACAAGCCGAAGCCCGUGAAGCACGUCGAAGGGAAAGCGCCGAAAAAGAAGCCAACCGAGUUUCCCGACAGUGACACGCUGGACAUGCACUUCGGGGAAGAGUGCCGCCUCAUGCAUGUUGCCAUUACGCGCGCGCAACGGAAAUGCUUUGUCGUCUCUUUGGAACAGUGGUACGCCGGCUACGAAGCGGAACCGAGCUCCAUCUUUUACCCCGAAGCCGCUCUGCAAAAAAAUCCAAAUCUCAGGGACCACUUUGAGUUCAUUGACCUCGGGGUCGGUCCUGCAACGUCUUCUGGCCGUAACAACCGGCACGGUGUUGGCGGCGAUUUUUUCGAAUCGGGCGCAUGGUACAACUGGUUCUUUGAUGAACACGACAAUAACGCAGGCAACAAUUUCUACUCUAGCAGCGCGAGCGACGAACGUCAAGGCUUCGGCCAUCAAAAUGCGCACUCUGGAUGGAGUUACAACCCCGGUCAAGCAGGAUCGGGCUUCGGGGGUGGUGCCGGUUCUUCAUCUAAUGGUAAUGUAAGCAAGGACCCGAGAUUGACGAAAUACCCGAAGCGCUUCCCAUACAAAGCCCCCGCGGACGGCACUCCUGCCUGGUGGGCCCAGAGAAACGCGAAAGGAAUGGGCAAGGGAAAUAAUUACGGGUGGCGCGGCAGUUCUUUCGGGUUCAACAACUACACAACUCCUGCUGAAUCCAACGCCAAGAUGAACAAAACGCACGUGAGCGUGGUCAAGUGGAGUGGUCCGGAGUUCGCGCGCUGCUACCAGCAGCUGCGCAGCCUCGGAAUCGACGCGGAUACCUGGCUAGACGACGGCGGCAACACGCUUUUCAUCCCGGACGACACCGUGCUGCAGAAGGCCUAUCGGUUGCGCGCCCGUGAGGUCCACCCGGACAAGGUUGACAGGAGCGACGAAGAAUCGUGGAACGCCGCGAACGAAGCAUUUAAAAUCCUGAAGUCCGGCUAUGACGAGUUGGUCAAGAUUUGCAAAUCCUUCUGGCAAAACAAGAACGCUGCGGAUUAGAAGCCAAAAGUACUUUCUCGUCAUCGUCAUCCCUCCUCCCAUUUGGUUUUGAAUUGUGCUGCAUGUACAUACAACAUCAACGAAUACUAGGGUUAGGAUCGAUGGGCUUCUCCUGUUCCGCCACCACUUCCUGGUCCCUAUUCACGCCAUGUAGUUGUAUCUACAAGAAGCUCACAGCUUUUCAAUUUCGUCUGCAAAUUGAAAUACGUAAGAAGCCAGAAAAAAGUAGUUUUUGUAAUAAAAAAUCAAAACCGAGAUAGCAACCGAAUCACUUUACGUAGAACAAGUCAAACACGUGGCGCAAGAUGAGACGGUUUGAAAUUGCAAUCAACCGGAUAACGCUUCCGAUCCCAAUGAACGAGUGCGGUCCACCUGAAGACCGAUAUCGAUACCAGCGACAGAAACCGACUUCCACAGACAAAGUUUAGGGACCUCCUAAAAACUGCGAAUCAGGGGUUUUCUACAUUGAUUCCAUUUCUAGUAUCCUCCCUACAAAAACGAAACCGUCGAAGCGACGAGUACAAGUGGAAAAAAACUUCGAUUCUAGGGACUGAAGUGUUCCCCUUCCCCAUGAAAGACGAAAGUUCGCAAACAAGAU